CCCGUGGAUGCCACUCACACUCAGUGACAAAUCCGUCGAUGGCAGCGACUAUUGAUGUGACUGGCCGGCGGGCGGACUAGGAGCUGCGAGCAUAAUACAUAACAUAAUGGAUGGAUUCGGAGGUUUGAAGAGUGACGUCUGCAGAGGCUGGUCCGGAUCGUACAAAAGCAUUCCGUCACCUCUUUAUCUGAGUGGUUUUUAGCUUCACCUUUCCGCCCUCUACGAUUGCAUUUCUUGUGUCUUGAGCCUUGCUGCCAUGUGUUAAACGCGAUACAAAUCUCAUUUGUUAUCUGCCCACCCUAUUUCCUCUUUUAUUGGAGGAAGUGAACUAAUACUGAGAUUGUAUACAGCUAAAACUCUCAUGUGUUUGUUUGGGUAGCUGCUCGCUGGCUUGGAUGCAAUAGACGCAGACACACUUCAAUACACACACAGUUGACGACCAUCAUCAUGUCUCAGCCUUCAGAUCAGUCUAUGUCGACGCGACCGUUGACAUAUAUAAUCAUCCCUCUCCUCGCCCUCUUUGCCGUAUUUUCGAUGUUGGUAUUCUUCUACAUACGCCGUCGUGGUACUCGGGAACCCACCCUCGAUCCUUCGCUUUGGAAUCGAGGCCGCUGGGUGAGACGAGACGGAGCCUUGGUCUGGCUGAGACGAGAUGGAACCUACCUACCGCGGCAUUCCAGACGUAAUCCUUGGGGAGGAUUCGACUCUCGCGAAGGGCUUAAUGAGCUGGGGGAAGCACCGCCUCCGUAUUUGGUCAGGAAACUGUCGGCUGAAGGAGAAGAUGUCGCGGCUGGAACACCGACGGAGCUGAGGGAUAUGGAGGAGGGGAGAAGGCCGCCGGAGUAUAUCGCUGAGCCACCGCCGGCUGUCACGAUAGAUUCGAGGAGGACAGAAGCAUAGCGGGAAUGCUGACUAUAUAUUUUGCGGAUGAGAUUGAGAUUCAAUGUUGCUUGUCAUUUCGCGGAGUUUCGAGGCGUGGUGUAAUGAUGGUUUGAGGUUGUUUUUGUUCUAAGUCUCAUGGCAAUUGGAUGGCGUUUUGGAGUCUCCAUAUUCAACAGUACAUUAAAAUCCGAAUAUACAACUUUUUCGAAUCUUUAUUUCCGCGGAAAUCAAUAUGAUUUGGGUCUGGAGC